AUGAAUCUGGGGAAAAUGGAUGUUUUUGAAUUUAAAGAUGCAAAAUGUAAUCCUGAUAUUAUCCAUCCAUAUACACAGAAUUUGAAAAAUAAUUCGGUUCCCAUUGUAAUUGAUAAUGGUUCUUAUAUGUCCAGAGCAGGGUGGUCAACUAGUGAAGCACCUGUUUUACAAUUCAAAAAUAUAAUAGCAAAGCCUCGAAAAGAGAGGUCCAAGAAGGACACUAUAGAGCCAAUACAGAUUCCUCAACUACAAGUUGGAAAUGAUAUUCUGAAUAUUGAGGCAGUACGAUUUCAACUGAAAACACAAUUUGAUCGUAAUGUAGUUACUCAUUUUGAAGCUCAAGAACAUCUGUUUGAUUACACAUUCACACAUCUAGGAAUAGAUACUGAAAAUUCUGUGAAUCAUCCACUAUUUCUAACAGAAGCGUUUUUGAAUCCAAAUACUUCCAGACAGUUAAUGUCUGAACUGUUAUUUGAAUGCUAUGGAAUACCAGGAGUAGUGUAUGGAAUUGAUUCCCUAUUAUCCUAUCAUUAUACACAAGCUAAGCCAUUAGAAAAUGCCCUGAUUAUAAACCUGGGCUACCAGACAUGCCAUGUCAUUCCUGUUCUUGGGAAUAAGACUGUUUUUGAGAAUACCAGGAGACUUAAUAUAGGGGGAUGGAAUGUCAUUACUUUUCUACAUAGAAUAUUACAGCUGAAAUAUCCUGCACAUGCAGCAGCUGUUACAUUGAGUAGAGCUGAAGAAUUGCUGCACACAAUUUGUGUCAUAGCUUCAGAUUAUAAGGAAGAGAUGAAGAGGUGGACUGACAAUGAAUAUUAUGAAAAGCAUAUUAAGAAAAUCCAGUUACCCUUCAGUUCAGCAAGUACCAGUUCUGCAUUAACAUUAGAACAACAAAAGGAAAGAAAACGUGAGCUUGCCAGGAGAUUAACAGAAAUCAAUGCUCGCAAAAGGGAAGAAAGGUUAGCUGAAGAUCAAGAAAAAUUGAGACAAUUAUUGGAAAUUCAAGAGAUUAUUGAUUUUGGUGCAGAUAAAGAUGAAGUAGACAAUAUUUUAGCUGAGUAUCAACUGAGGAAUGUGAAUGAUUUACAAAAAAGUAUACUGAAUCUCAAUAUGAAAAUUGAGAAAAUCAAACAGAAAAUAACUGCUGCCAAUAAUACUGAAGAUCUGGAAGAGCCCCCUGUGAAGCAAGCUAAAUUAUCCAAAAUGGUGUUUGAGAAUGAAAGUGCAUUACAUUCAUUUUUAGACAACAUUAAAAAAAUGAAACAAGACAUUCUAAACAAAAAACUCAUGAGGAAGCAGAGGAAACAAGACAUUUUCAAAAGAAGAACAGCAGCUGGUCAAGAACGCAUGAGAAUUAUUUCUCAAUUAGCAAGAAAAGAGAAAGGAAAUGAUGAUUUUGGAAUGAGAGAUGAAGACUGGGAUAUUUACAAGACUAUCAGCAAAGAUGGUGGAGAUUCCGAUAGCGAUGUUGAAAAUGAGAAGCUCUUGGAGUUCGAGGAAAUCUUGCGCACUCACGAUCCCCAGGAGUUCGACGAACAUGCCAAUCUGGGAGAGUUGCAUCAACUACACGUUGGCAUCGAAAGGUAUCGAGCACCCGAGCUGAUCUUCAAGCCGUACAUGUCAGGCUCCCCAGAAGCUGGCCUGUCCGAAGUUAUAGGUUAUGUUUUGUCGUUGUUCGGCGAUGAAGACCAGCUGAAAUUGGCGGCGAACGUUGUGGUCACGGGGGGUUUGGCGAAUUUGAAGGGGCUCAGGGAGCGGUUGUUGGUCGACCUCAUUUCUAUAAGGCCGUUUCGAUCCGAGGUGAAUGUUAGUAUUAUGGGGGACUCUAGUUUGACGGCCUGGUACGGCGCCAGGCAGUUUGUCAGGUCGGGAGAGUUUAAGAAAUGCUUGUUGACUAAGAACAUGUUUGAAGAGUACGGGCCCGAGUAUUUCAAGACGCAUGUUGCUUCUAACAUUUACUACCCAACGCCUAAUGAAAGUUUAAUAGAUGUUGAUGUUUAG